AUGCUAGUAGUAGCAAUAGCCAAUAGCUUCCACUCCUUUUUCAUCCAGAUUGAUUCAGAGAAGGCUGAUACCUCACAUGGCAAACAUAGUGAUAAGGAGCAGAUGCUGAUUGACCGUGACCAGAAACCUGGGUCUUAUGCUGCUAUGUUUUUGUGGUUCAUUGACACCAGACCAUUUACUGGUAAUCAGAAACUUGAGAGUGUUGUGCUUAGUAAAAUGAACUUUGAAUCUUUUCUGAGAGAUCUACUUCUGAUUCGUCAGUACAGAGUUGAAGUUUACAAGAACCGAGCAGGAAGUAAAUCUACUAAAGAGAAUGACUGGUAUUUGGCAUACAAGGGUUCUCCGGGUAACCUUUCCCAGUUUGAGGAAAUUCUUUUUGGCAAUAAUGACAUGUCGACUGCCAUUGGGGUUGUGGGCGUUAAGCUACAUACUGCUGAUGGACAGAGAUUAAUUGGAGUUGGAUAUGUUGACACGACUCUUAGGAAGCUGGGUGUCUGUGAGUUUCCAGAUAAUGAUCAUUUCUCAAACCUUGAAGCUUUGCUCGUUCAAAUUGGACCUAAGGAAUGUGUGUUAGCAGCGGGAGAGACUGUUGGCGAUAUGGGAAAACUGAGACACAUUAUUCAAAGAGGAGGAAUCAUGAUUACAGACCGAAAAAAGGCUGAAUUCACAACAAAAGAUACUGUUCAGGAUCUCAACCGCUUGCUAAAAUCAAAAAAGGAAGAGCAAGUGACUAGUGUAACAUUACCAGAGAUGGAAAAACAGGUUGCUAUUUCAUCCUUGUCGGCCGUUAUCAAGUAUUUAGAGCUCUUGUCGGAUGAAUCUAACUUUGGACAAUUUGAAUUGAAUAGCUUUGACCUCAGUCAGUAUAUGAUACUGGACAAUGCAGCUGUUCGAGCCCUUAAUCUUUUCCAGAGAUCUGUUGAAAAUGCCAACAAUACACAAUCAUUGGUUGGGUUAUUAAAUAAGUGCAAAACUCCUCAAGGACAAAGAUUGAUUAAUCAGUGGAUCAAACAACCACUUAUGGACAAGAACAGAAUAGAAGAAAGGUUAAAUUUAGUUGAGACCUUUGUGGUAGACACAGAGCUACGGCAGUGCCUUCAAGAAGAGCUUCUACGUCGUUUUCCAGAUCUCAACCGGCUAGCCAAGAAAUUUCAAAGACAGGUAGCAACACUACAAGAUUGUUACCGCAUGUAUCAAGCUGUUAACCAACUGCCUAAUGUCGUACAGGCACUGGAAAAACAUGAAGGAACACAUCAGAUGUUGUUGCUGACAGUAUUUGUAAUGCCUCUUAACGAUCUCAGCUCCGACUUCUCCAAGUUUCAGGAAAUGAUAGAAACAACUUUAGACAUGAACAAGGUGGAAAAUCAUGAAUUCCUUGUGAAGGCUUCUUUUGAUCCUAAUCUGACAGAGUUGAGAGAGAAGAUGAACAUAUUAGAGGAGAACAUGCAGUCACUUCUAAAGACUGCAGCCAGAGAACUAGGCUUGGAAGCUGGCAAGAACAUGAAACUGGACUCCAAUUCACAGUUAGGACAUUACUUCCGAAUUACCUGCCGGGAAGAGAAAGUCCUCCGGAACAAUGCAAAAUAUAAGAUCUUAGAUACCCAGAAGAAUGGUGUGAAAUUCACAAACAGUAAAUUGAGCUCCUUCAAUGAAGACUACAUAAAAAACAGAGAAGAGUAUGAAGAGGCUCAGGAAGCCAUUGUUAAAGAAAUCAUUAAUAUUGCUUCAGGAUAUGUAGAGCCAAUACAGACAAUGAAUGAUGUGAUAGCUCACUUAGAUGCUGUUGUCAGUUUUGCUCACGUAUCAAAUGGAGCUCCUGUGCCAUACGUACGUCCGGUUAUUCUGGAAAAGGGACAAGGAAAGAUUGUGCUGAAAGGUUGCAGACACCCUUGCAUUGAAGUUCAAGAUGAUAUAGCGUUCAUCCCCAAUGAUGUUCACUUUGAGAAGGGCAAGCAGAUGUUCCAUAUUAUUACUGGUCCUAACAUGGGAGGGAAAUCAACAUACAUUCGCCAGACUGGAGUCAUAGUUCUGAUGGCCCAAAUUGGGUGCUUUGUACCAUGUGACUCAGCGGAAGUGACUAUUGUGGAUUGUAUUCUGGCUCGGGUAGGAGCAGGAGACAGCCAGUUGAAGGGUGUCUCGACUUUCAUGGCGGAAAUGUUAGAAACUGCUUCAAUUCUUCGGACUGCAUCUGAAAACUCUUUAAUAAUUAUUGACGAGUUGGGAAGAGGAACUUCAACCUACGAUGGAUUUGGGUUGGCAUGGGCUAUUUCAGAAUAUAUCGCCAGCAAAAUUUGUGCUUUCUGUAUGUUUGCCACGCAUUUUCAUGAACUGACAGCACUUGCCAAUGAAGUGCCAACUGUGAAUAAUUUACAUGUUACAGCACUAACCACUGAUGGGAUGUUGACCAUGCUUUACCGUGUCAAGAAAGGUGUCUGUGAUCAGAGUUUUGGAAUACAUGUAGCAGAACUUGCUGCUUUUCCAAAGCAUGUAAUAGAGAGUGCAAAAGAGAAGGCUGUGGAGCUAGAGGAGUUCCAAAAUAUUGGAAAACCUGAGGAAUCUGAAGGAGAGCCAGCAGCUAAAAGACGCUACAGAGAAAAAGAGGAAGGUGAAAAAAUAAUUCAGGAUUUCCUUUGCAAAGUGAAAGCAUUGCCCUUGACAGACAUGUCUGAAGAAGACAUCAGAACCAAACUGAAAGAAAUGAAAGCUGAAGUGCUGGCAAAGAACAACAGUUUUGUGAAUGAAAUUGUUUCCCGAAUAAAAGUUACUCCAUGAAAAAAUCUAAAAUGACACUGCCUGAACUGUGUUAAGUCACAAGAGUGGACAUUUUCUUGUCUUGCCGGUUUUAUGCUCUUUGAUGUAUAUGCUCAGUAAUGCUUUGUACUCGUUACAGCAGAAACACUUUCUCUUGACUUGUAGUUAUUUUUAUAAAAUGAGUCCUUGUUAUAGCUGCGUGAAAAUUUAUUUACUUCUAUUUUACUUUUAUUAUAAAUUCUCAAUAAAAUUCCUCUUAAUAUCA